AUGGCUCCAGCAAUGGCAACAGCGCGACUGCGCAAAGAAUUAAUGAACCUGAAAAAGGCACCCCCACCCGACGUUCUUGCCGAACCUGACGAAUCCAACAUUCUCAAAUGGUUUUAUGGGAUUCGAGGAGCCUCGGGCACUGCCUUUGAAGGAGGAAUCUACAUUGGCAAACUCGUCUUUCCACCCCAAUAUCCAAUGAAACCUCCCUCCAUUUACAUGAUGACUCCCAGCGGUCGAUUUGAAAUCAAUACCAAACUCUGCAUGAGCAUGAGCGACUUUCAUCCGGAAUCUUGGAAUCCCAUGUGGUCCGUCUCGAGCAUCAUUCAAGGCGUACAAUCCUUCAUGGCGUCGGAUGAGCUAACGACGGGUGGUUUGAAGAAUCCACCAUCGGAACACAAAAAGUAUGCUUCCUUGUCGGCUGCGUACAAUGCCAAAAUGUUUCCCAAUUUGUUUGGUGGUGACAUGGAAGCGGCGUUUGUCAUAGCCGACAAGGCAAGAAUAGAAGCCGAAGCAAAUAGCGUCAAGACGGAAGGUAGUAGAGUCACGAGGCGGACGAGAACGAGUCGAUCCUCCAGAAGGAAUGGUUCCGAAAAGAAAGAGAAUGAUGAUAAUGACAAUGGCAAUAAUGAUGAUAAUGCUGAUAAUGCUGAUAAUGAAGACAAGGCAGAAUUAACUCCGGAAGAAAUUGAAAAGCGACGACAAAAGAAUGCCAAAAAGAGAGCCAAGCAAAAGGCUAAAAAGGCAGCGCAAAAGCAACAGGAGGAAUAG